UCUCCCCAGCCAGCCACUUCUUACAUUGGUAAACAAACUGCGUUACAACCCGAACCAUUUCUUUAUCCGACAACAUCGUCACCAUCUCUUGCGUAACACCUAGCCCGUCUAAUGCGUCCAAUCGAUUUGUAAGAUAAUUUUACAACGUGGUAUGAUCGCCUAUCAUUCACAGCGAUAGGGGCGGGGCAUGUUGAGUUACGAGCCGAGGAAAAUAACAGAACAGGACCAGCGCGCGGAGAGAAGACCACAGAGGAACCGUUAAUCAGUUCAUCGGCUGAAGACACGCUAUGGCCGGAGACGCGAGGGAAUCCACCGAGAUGAAGGAACAGAGGAGACGGGAACGACAGUCGGCGUUAGACAACCACGACGGUUCCUUUGGAGUAUGUGGCUGGGUCCUGGUUCUGUUCUCUCUCCUGCUGACCAUAAUCACUCUCCCCGUGUCCAUUUGGAUGUGCAUCAAGAUCGUGAAGGAAUACGAACGAGCCAUCAUCUUCCGCCUGGGCCGUAUCCUGCGAGGCGGCGCUAAAGGCCCAGGGCUCUUCUUCAUCCUGCCCUGCACUGACAGCCUCAUCAACGUGGACAUGCGCACCAUCACCUUCGACAUCCCCCCGCAGGAGGUGCUAACCAAGGACUCUGUGACGGUGAGCGUGGACGGCGUGGUGUACUACCGCGUGCAGAACGCCACCCUGGCCGUGGCCAACAUCACCAACGCCGAUGCGGCCACGCGCCUGCUGGCCCAGACCACCCUGAGGAACGUCCUGGGGACCAAGAACCUGGCGGAGAUCCUGUCGGACCGCGAGGAGAUCGCCCACAGCAUGCAGUGCACACUGGACGAUGCUACCGACGACUGGGGCAUCAAGGUGGAGCGGGUGGAGAUCAAGGAUGUCAAGCUGCCACAACAGCUGCAGAGAGCCAUGGCUGCUGAGGCAGAGGCCAGCAGGGAGGCCCGCGCCAAGGUGAUCGCGGCGGAGGGGGAGAUGAACGCGUCGCGGGCCCUGAAGGAGGCGUCCCUGGUGAUCGCCGAGUCCCCGUCGGGCCUGCAGCUGCGCUACCUGCAGACGCUCAACACCAUCGCCGCCGAGAAGAACUCCACCAUCAUCUUCCCCCUGCCCAUGGACAUGAUGCAGGCCUUCAUGAAGAGAUGAGGAGGAGGAGGGCAGCAUACAGCUACACACACAUACACACACUGAUGCGCUAACAAACAUACACACGCUGACACACAAAUACACACACACACACACACACACGCAUGUACUGACAUCCAUACACAUGCUGACAUACACAAAGAUGCUGACAGAGAUAUACAUACUUUUCGUGUACUCUUCUAUGACAUAUUCUCUCUCUCUUCCAUUCUCUUCUCUUUGUUACAAGAGAUCGAAGACUUAUUUCUACUUAAUUUGCAGGCUGAGGGAAUUUAUUGCCCAGGCAUAAGUUGAUGCUAUUUUUAAAGGGAAACGUACCCCUGUAGCAACUCUGGUGCUACUACUACUUUAAUCGGGAAUGAAGAAAUCAGCGGUUGUAGUGAGUCUUUAUGAUGGAGGUGGAGGGGGACAGAGAGCGUCCGAUCUCCACGGCCAAUGCGUACAGUACAGUACACGUUUAUACGCUGAAUUUAGAAAUAGCCCUGCGAUCGUCCUCUAUGAUCGCACGGACCAGGACCCGACCUCACUGUCCGAGAGUGAGCACAACAUAUGUCAGCAUUUCUGUCCCGCUUCCUCAUCAUGCUCCCUUCCAACGGCUGCCUCUGUUCCCCUUGAUUAUGCCGCCCCGCCCCGCUGUCUCUAGCCAACUCCAGGCCACACCACCCUGUCUGUGGCUGACAUCAAGCCACGGCCCUCUCGUAACACAACCGCCAUCCGAUGUUGUGAUGAUCGUCACAACCCAAUCGCCUAUUUGCAAAACGAGACACGUUGCGAGAUCAGAUGUCACCUGAGACUUUCCACGCUGAGCUGAGUAAAAUAAUUAUCAUACGCAGUAUCACAUUAAUAUUUUAGCAAUCACUUAUGCCGUUUGUUAACGCUGCAACCAAAAUAUCGACAUUAUAUUAUAUUAAACCUAUUCCUUUAAUAUAUGAUAAUACUUGAGUCAUAUUGCCCACCAGGAACCCAAAAGACAGCAGAUUUUACAUCUAUUCCGCAACAACGAUAUGGAAGUAAAAGGGUAGGCGGCCGACUAUGCAGCUGUGAAAACUCAUGGUCCUCUGCCUGAAGCUUCAUCCAUUCAUCUAGUGUCUAGUCCGUUUGUUUACCACAGGGGCCGCGGGCCCCAAUCGACGCCGCAAACACACACUAAACUGACACACAGCUCUUUACAGGAUUCACCGUGGAAGACACACACACACCAUCGUACACGUGCACAUCCUCAUGGCUCCUACUAUUACAUUGUCUAGUGCCAGUCAUGUUACAUUUUAACCACUGCCAUUUUGUAAAGUAUUGGGCUAACUGCUCCUCUUCCUCAAGCUGUUUGAACACUAAUAUCUUUAAUGUAUUUACAUGAACAUGUAUUUCUUGUGUUACGUGCGUUUGAACUAAAACCUCUUAUAUCUGCUUAAAGCCUUAAUCGCCACAGAUUCACUUUACAACCUCGUAUUACAGAUACUAUGCAUUUCCACCUUCAACUGAUUUUCAUUGAGAUUUGAAAUCCAUAUAUAACACAAGUUGAAUAUUUUCAGAUUUGUGCAUAUAUAUUAAGACACAUAAUACCUACCGUGCAAAAAAACUCAGUUGGAUUAAGCUUUGGACAUGUUUUCUUUUUCAUGUUGUAUUGUUGUAGAUUACCAAAUUUGAAUGUGAUAGAAGCCCUAACUUGUAUGUUUACACUGCAAAUAACCAAAGGUCAAUUUUAGUCUAGCUAUUUACCAUGGUUUGCUCAAUAGCAUGUCACGGUUCUCAACAUGUUUUUGCCAAGUUUCUGUCCCAAUGCUUAACCUGUUACACUACUAAGCAGGCGGCUCGUCUCUUUAUAGAGAAUCUGAAGCCUAGCCAGGUUAAGUCGAGUUUAGAUACACAUCACACUACAGAGCUUGUGUGCCUUAAGGAGGACCGAUGUCUCAGUGUGGGCCAGCUAGUCAGGUCCUGCUUAUUCCUACAGAGGUACAUAGUAUUGCAUAUCGUUACGUCUAUUCAUGUCCGUCUGUCAUACGAGAUUUUGAUUCACUAAUGACGAGAAGAUCGUCCCGAUUGACUCACUUCAAAAUAGUGGAAGCCAAGGGUAUUGUAGUCAAUGAGUUUAAGUUUACGAUUGCAUGCUAGUUUUAGAUUAUUUUAAAUAUGUACACGCUCACUAUAUGUUGAGUCAUCCUGUUGUAUUGGAUCAUACUAAUAAAACAUAUAAGAACAA